CCUCCUCCCUGGACGCGCUCCCUCCCGGCACCCGGCUUCUCCCAGCCAGCAACCUGCGGCAGCGGCGGCCGCCCGCCCCUCCCGGCAGCACCAUGACAGAUCAGGCCUUUGUGACACUGACCACAAACGAUGCCUACGCCAAAGGAGCUCUGGUCCUGGGCUCGUCUCUGAAACAGCACAGGACCACCAGGAAGCUGGCCGUGCUUGCCACUCCGCAGGUCUCAGACUCCAUGAGAAAAGUUUUAGAGACAGUUUUUGAUGAAGUCAUCACAGUAGACGUCUUGGACAGUGGUGAUUCUGCGCAUCUAACCUUAAUGAAAAGGCCUGAGUUGGGUGUCACACUAACUAAACUCCAUUGCUGGUCACUUACACAGUAUUCAAAAUGUGUGUUCAUGGAUGCAGAUACUCUGGUCCUAGCAAAUAUUGAUGAUCUUUUUGAGAGAGAAGAAUUGUCGGCGGCACCAGACCCAGGGUGGCCUGACUGCUUCAAUUCUGGAGUCUUUGUUUAUCAGCCUUCAGUUGAAACAUACAAUCAGCUGUUGCACCUUGCUUCUGAGCAAGGCAGUUUUGAUGGUGGGGACCAGGGUUUACUGAACACAUUUUUUAACAGCUGGGCAACAACAGAUAUCAGAAAACACCUGCCAUUUAUUUAUAACCUAAGCAGCGUUUCUAUAUACUCCUACCUCCCAGCAUUUAAAGCAUUUGGGGCAAAUGCCAAAGUUGUGCAUUUCCUGGGACGAAUCAAACCAUGGAAUUAUACUUAUGAUCCUAACACAAAAAGUGUCAAAAGUGAGUCCCAUGAUCCCACCAUGACUCAUCCAGAGUUUCUCAACCUGUGGUGGGACAUCUUCACCACCAACGUGUUACCUCUGCUUCAACAAUUUGGCCUUGUCAAAGACACCCACUCAUGCCUGAAUGUGCUUUCAGACUUGGUCUAUACACUGGCUUUCUCUUGUGGCUUCUGUAGAAAGGAAGGAGUCUCAGGAGCCGUAUCACACCUGUCCCUCGGGGAGACCCCGGCUGCAGCACAGCCUUUUGUGUCCUCAGAAGAACGGAAGGAGCGGUGGGAACAGGGCCAGGCUGAUUACAUGGGCGCAGAUUCCUUUGACAACAUCAAGAGGAAACUUGACACUUACCUCCAGUAGAAACACUGCCAUUUUCCCACGAACACAUCAACUUCACAGGCCCUUGUUUCAGAUACUUAGUGUCUAGAUCUGGGUUAGGAAAGGCCUGUUACACUUGCUAGAAGCUUUGCUAAAAUUCAUCAGAUGAGGGGAUUUUGCAGGACAACAGGGGAGAACUGGGCAAAAGUUGUGAAGUAGCAGUUCUGUCAUGUGGGCAGCAUUCUGCUUUUUAACCCCAGGCUUAUUCAUUAUUCAGCUCAUGUGUUGGAAGUUCUUAAUUUUGCUGAUGGCCAACAUAUGCGGUAGUAAGGGAAGCUCAACCUAAUUAAGAUGGCUAUACGUAUCGACUGUAAGAACGUGCCAGUGCGGGCUCUGAACCAGUCUCCCUUCAGAACGGGACAAGGUAUCUCUCUCUCGCUUGCACGUUGUACCUUUCACCAGAUCUGCCUUUUAUUUAGAAUUGCCCAGAGACUGCCGGAGUGAUUGUAAUUCUGCUUUCAGGUGAAGACAGCCUGUAACCCUGCUGAGUGAUUCAUAAACCUAUCAACAAACGGUGUUAACCCAUUUUAUUUCCUGAUUGUAGUGUCUGAAAUUGUUCACCCGUUUUCUAUGUACAGUAAGGCAGCAUGCUAAAAUGCUUUUGUUCGGUUCUGUGCAUCUGUAAACAGCAGCGUGCUCUCUGGUGGCACCUUGUAUGAAAAUAAAGACUU